ACAUUUAUUGUGCUUUCCGCUACGAUAUUCUUCUGCACUAUCGCCGGGUUCAGAAUUGCCUACUUCAUGACCAACCCCAAGGUGGUCAAUGUAGAAGUGAUAUACAGUGAGUCCCUAGACUUCCCCGCCGUGACCAUAUGCAACCAGAAUCCCCUGAGGACUACGGCGACAUUUGACUUGGGACUGUAUGGCAGCAUUCAUGAUUUCUACACAAAGUUCUGGCAAACGGAAGACGACUACAAAAGUCCCGGAUGUAAAGACCGUUUCAAAAUCACGACGGACAGGACACUCAAGCGCCGUGGCGACGACAUCAAUUAUAGAAUUAUAAAACGUGUGCCAUCUCGUGUUUGCCAACGAGCUUGCCUCCGAUUUUCUGAGUGGAAUUGCAACUCAUUCGUCUAUGAUAAUGACUUAAAAGAAUGCAAGAUAACUGCUCUGAACGAAAGAACCGAAGGAGUGGAUCUUGUGUUCAGUCAGCAAGAGGACUACUAUGAUCGAAUUCGUUGUGAUGGUGAGCACGUUCACAGGGUCUUGUUUCAAAAAAAUGGAUCAAUCCUUUCUUUUAGGGGUCGUUACGAGUACAAAGAUAUCUUAGUAAUUUGGAUUGUAAAUAACUAA